CGGACUACGGCGAGCCACUUGGUCCGAAAAUCUGACACCGCUCAUUGUUGCCAGCAAACAACACAACUGUCCACGGAGUCAGGUGAAGACACAAACUAUUCUGAAAAUGAGGAUCAGCAGGUGUGGUGUGCUCCUCCUCCUGUCCUGCUGUCUGCUGAGUGUUCACUCUCAUGUGGAUCCGCAGCAGCAGCAGCAGCAGCAGCAGCAGCCACCUGUCGUAGAAAGUGCAGCUCACAUAACGGGCCAUGGUCGCCUUGACAAAAACAUGAUCCAGGACAAAGACCACAUCAUGGAGCAUUUGGAGGGAGUGAUCGACAAACCAGAGAACGACAUGUCACCGCAGGAGCUUCAGCUUCACUAUUUCAAGAUGCACGAUUACGACGGCAACAACCUGCUGGACGGGCUGGAGCUAGCCACAGCGAUCUCACAUGUACACAGAGAGGAGAGAGGAGAAAACAGCCAGCCAAUGAGAGAGGAGGAUCUUAUUAGUCUCAUUGAUGAUGUUCUGAAGGACGAUGACAAAAACAAUGACGGUUACAUAGAUUACGCAGAGUUCGCCAAAUCACUGGAGUAGAGUGUCACCCCCGGCCCAACGCUGACCUCGUUUCCUCAUGUCUGACAACACCACAGAAAGAAACCUGCAGAGAACAUCAGUGAGUGCGCACAUGGAGUCAAAGUGACACCAUAGUCUGGAAGUUUAAUCUUUACCUUCUCUCUCAGUCAGGGUUGUAGGUAAUACAUGUAGUUUGUGAAAUGAUUGAUGAACAUCUUUUUUUCCAAGCUGGUAGCUGCAAAACUGGUUAUGCAGUAGUUAAAAUAACAACAAAAGGACGAUAAAUAAUUGCCCUUCUUUUUUUGCUUGACUCUGGUGUAUGCUUGCACCUCGCUGAGGGACACAUCUGCACCGUCUGUUCUUGUAGGUUCAUUGAAAUUGUGCCAUUUUUUUUUUAAGGGCCAGUUCAUCCAAAUCACUGACAAACUCAUCUUAGCAGUUAGUAGCAUCUAAUCAUGGCCAUACGGCAUACUUUCAAUUCUAUUCUAUCAAGGUUUAGAGAUCUCUUCUGUGGAAACUUAUUCCACCAGCCUUGUACAUGAACCAGAACUGUCUGCACAGCUGGAUAGCAGCAGGGGUGUGUGGGUGAAUGUGUUUUUUGUAAUUUGGAUAAACUGACCCUUUUUCAGAGCAGGAUUACUAUACUGUGUGUUCUGCUUUGAGUGGUGCCACACGUCAUUCUCUCUGGUAGCAUCUAAACUGAACGUCAUCACUUUAAAUGGACGACAGUUUCCAUUGCAGACUCUGAACAGCGUACAUGCUGGUCAUUAACAUUAUCUAGCACACCAAAUGUGGACCAAAUGAUUCCUUCUGUGAAUCCAUUUCAUUUGCUGUUUUGAGACAAACAGUUUGAUCUCAUGACAUGACAUCAGAAAGUGGCCUUGAUUUGCUCAGAUGUACAAUAUAUAGCCUAUGAUGUAGUGUUUGUAGAGAGUAGAAUACUUUGAAGUUAAGGCAAGAAGCAAGCAGAUGCACAUAGUAAUGAAUGCUGCCAGCAGAGGCUCCAUGAAGCAUGUUAGAGUGGCACAUCCUGCUUCUUCUAUAUUUGCUGUCGUCUUAAUGAAGAUGUUUAAACCUACAUGAGCCAAUCACCAUGAUCUUCACUGUAGUCGGGCAGCCUCUGUCGUCACAGAAUGAAUGUAAAACGGCCCCAUACUGUGCGAUGCUGACUCGUUAUCACUGGAUAAGCUAGACUUGAAGCAUACUGGUUGACGCUGAAGUUUUUUAAAAGCUGACUUCCAGUAAUGCACUUACUCUUAUUAACAAAUGUUUGCUUCAGAUAUUAGCUGCCUUUAAAACAGAUCUGGAUAAGAAAUGUCAGGUCUCUGUGCAUCAAAGUUUGUUGAAUCCAUCUGUGAUUUCUUCUAAUGUACGAUUUCUUAUGGAUGAAUUCUCUAUUUUUUUGCCAUCCAGUAUUGAUUCUUCAAUCAAUUCAGGUUGUUGAAUGGAAAUAUUUAAAAAAAAAAACUUAAUAGCAUAACAGAUGCAACUGUGUUGUCUCUGGAAUGUGAAAUAUUAAAAUAUGUAAUCUACA